UAGACAGCUAGCCCGAGCUACUCUCCCAGUCGCCUGAUGAAGCUACUGCAGGCAGCGGAAAAACCAACCUGGAAUUUAUAGAGCGAAUAUUGCAAUCUGGCAAUGCGGAAAUAGAUGGACGUUUCAUGUCACCGAGUUGGCAUUGCACUCCUGGACUGAAGACCUGAGAGUUAGCGCCAGAGAAAAAAGGAUUGCAAUUCAGAGACAUAAUAUUCAACUCUUCUUUUUCUAUUGUUUAUAGUGGUUCUUCGGUGUGUUAUUUAGUUCCAGUGGUAUAUAGCGCCAUACUUUCUGGUGCAUGGACAGACGCACAGAGGAGGAUCUGUUAACCCCUAACCAUACAAAAGUGGGGUUGUAUUUCUUCCGGUGGAUCAAAGUAAAUUACUUUCAAAUCUUGCAUCAACAUGGACGUGUUGGCGAAUUACAGUAUUUUUCAGGAACUCCAACUCGUGCAUGACACUGGCUAUUUCUCUGCAAUGCCUUCGCUGGAGGAGAACUGGCAGCAGACGUGUCUGGAGUUGGAGCGGUACCUGCAGACGGAGCCCAAGCGUCUAUCAGAGCUGUUUGACGAGGAGCUCGACUGCCUCCUGACGCCUGCCUUCGUGGAGGGUGCUGACAGUGACCUGAUGGAUCCCCUGGACCCACUCCUCCCCAGCCCCCCUCCCCUCCUCGUCACCCUCCCCAAGGUCCUACAUGCCCCACACCUCCACAACACCAAGGCCUCUGAAAAAGAGUCUGGAGCAAAGAUCACCAAGGAGGGGGUCAACGGGGUCAACGCUGCCCAGCUGAGUGCCGUCACCUCCCUCACGCCGCCCUCCUCGCCGGAGCUGGGCCGCCACCUGGUCAAGCCCACGCAGACUCUCACCGCUACGGCCGACGGCACGCUCACGCUCAAACUGGUGGCCAAGAAGGUUGGUCUGAACGCAGCCAAGUUGGUGGCCAUGCACGCCACAUUACCCUCGCCGCCCAGCAGGGGGGCACACAGUGACAGCGAGCAGGGGUCUGGGUCGCUGGGGGGAGAUAUCCCUGAGAACAAGAAGAGAGUCCAUCGCUGCCAGUUCAACGGCUGCAGGAAGGUUUACACCAAGAGUUCCCAUCUGAAGGCCCACCAGAGAACACACACAGGUGAGAAGCCGUACAAGUGCUCCUGGGAGGGCUGUGAGUGGCGUUUCGCCCGGAGCGAUGAGUUGACAAGGCACUAUCGCAAACACACCGGGGCCAAACCAUUCAAGUGUAACCACUGUGACAGGUGUUUCUCCAGGUCCGAUCACUUGGCGCUGCACAUGAAGAGGCACAUCUAAGAGAGAGGGAGGAGGAGAGCGGGGAAGAAGAGCGAGAGAAGGGAGAUAGGAGAGAAGAAGAAGUAGGCAGGAGGGAACCACACACCAGCUCCAGCUCUCACCAUCCCGAGGCUGCCCCUGCCACCUGAGACCUGACACUAGAAGCAUAGCAUGGGGGAUGACACACUGGACGGAUGUAAGCCACGACCCAGGAUGGACCCAUGGUCAGCGAGGACAGAUGGAGUGAUGGAGGGAAAGAGAAGGAGGAGGAGGAGGAGCUUGUUGUUGUUUUUUAAUUCACACUUCGUGAUUCACACUUCUCUCUUUUAUUGCAUCCUCUGAUUAGCCAUGCCUUGGUCUGAUCCAAGUCUGGUAACUCAGACACUGCCAAACCAAUACGCUGAUCCAAUUACGACCCAUUUACACUCUACUGUUUAUUUUGUGUACAUUUAAACUAUAGAGCGACUUGGGAAAGGAGAUGGUUCACCCAGAAUAAACUGAUAAACUUUGACACGCCAAUCGUCAGUGACUUGCAGAAGCAACGAUGGGCAUCCCAACCCAACAGCAACUAUUGCCCGUUUUAUUCUGGUGUGCUGUUUCCCAAUCCUAUCACAAUGUUUUAGGGGUGUCUCUACCCUCACCAAGCCGUGUGAAAUAACAACAAUGCCAGAAUAGCGAGAAGAGAGAGACCAAUGGAACUAGUGGCCAAUCCGUCAGUGUCGCCCCCUGUCUGUGGGAGGAGGGUCUGACACUUCAGAGAGUGAGCUCUGUGACCCUGAUGCGGACUUCUCAGGCUCUCCUGUAGGAGGCGCUCUGCUCUUCUCUCUCACCUUCACUCCUGCCACCUCACAGGCAACAUCUAACAAAUGCGCAGCGACACUUUCUUGCCUUUGUUUUUUAAAGACAAUGAAUUAUUAUUAUUAAGAAUAAAGGUCUGUUUUCUCUGAAAUGUCUUAAAAAUUCACUGAAGGAAAAAAACUAAAACAGUUUAUGUACAAACGAAGAACAAUGUGCUCAUUCAAGAGAGGAACAACGAAUGAACUUACCCCGACCCGUAUGCACAGGCUAAACUCAGUAGCCGCUAUCUAGCACUGAUAGCUAAGAAGAUGGAAAAAGAAAAAAUAAAUCACAUGAACGCUGAAAGAAAAAGGAUUUGUAUUGUUGGCCUGAUAUUAAAGGAAAGGCCGUCUGUUUUCCACUCUGUGUUUUUCUCCCAUGCGAUCCAGCUGAAAACAAACCUUGGCGGGACCUUCGAGGCUUCAUCACCAAGCCAGGACCAGAACAGAACAGAAAACUGGAAAAUGUUUGUUUUGUUUGUGUGGGUUGUGGAACUCCACCAUCUCCCAUAGGAAACCCCUAUCUCCUCCAGUAUGGAGGGGCCUGGGAGGCUGGUCUGCUGUGACCACAUCCCCUAUUUGGGAGACUAGGGACCUGAUAGGCUACUGGACAUGAAUCUGGGUAUUAGAAAGGACAACAUGGCCUCAUCAUCGCAGAGGGACUUGCCUGUUUCGUAUCCAUUGUCCGCACUGACUUUUUCAAUGUUAUCUGUGCUUUUUUUCAUACAGUACAACAACAAAAACCUGAAAAAAUAAUACAAAUAAAAAACACUCAAAAAAAUACUACACAAAAAAAAAACGAUUCCGUCUCUCUCACACCGUACAGGCACGUAGACACACCAACACACAGAACAGUUUGCUCAUGGCUCCACUUUGAGAUAAGGAAAAUAUAUGAUUGAGUUAAUGAACAGACUUGGAAAGCAAAAAACACUGCAUGGCAGCUUCUCACACUCGGAUCGCUUCCCGGAAUCAUUUGUUCUGCUCCAAAUUUUUCACAGUAGGAUUUUUAGCAAUUGUUGUUUUGUAGAUGAAGAUCUGAUUCUGCUGGAGGUAACGGCUUUGAAGUGAGAAAACGAGCUCAUUCUCAUGUUCAAACAAUCUCAGUCUCUGUAUGUUAACAAUCAGCUUCAACAGCAUGGGACCAGAUUCCUCUGCCCCAGGUCUAUGAAGUUUUACAUAGCCUUGCAAUCAGGGCAUUAAUACCAAUACCACUGUCACUAUUACUGUACCCACAAACUUCCCCUCUCACAUAAACCCUGGCCUCCUCACAUCAGUAGUAAUGGCUGCUGUAUCAGAAUAGAUGUCAUUACUGUCUCUAUAGUAAUGUGUAUGUUUCAGCCUUGCCAGACUCUCCUAGACGGUCCCAGAACUGCCCUCAUGGGGUCCGGUGGAGCUCAGAACAAUCGAUACCAAAAACCUCCAGCGCGGAACUCGAGCCACGGGCAGGGUCUGGCAUAGAACACAGCGGCAUCUGGGAAGCCGACCGUCUCCAUACUAGGCCUCUUAGCACCACCGCGGCAGCUUUCUCUACAAACACAAAACAAGACAAGUCUCUCGACAACAAGACGAUGUAAAACAAGACAAGUCUCUCGACAACAAGACGAUGUAAAACAAGAGAUUGAGAUGAUCUUUGUGUUUUGAUUCCACUUUUUAGUUGGAACUUCUUCCUUGUUGUUUUGUUGUGGUUUUAACGCUACAAUUAUUAUUUUUGUUGCCAUGGUGGAUGAUGCAAGGUCAUGCCAAAAUGUAAGAAAUGCAGGGGUGCGGGUUUUGAACAACCCCCCCCUUCUAUGUACAAUCAUGUAGGGUUUGUUUGUGGCACUUUGUGCAGGAUAGGCGAUGGUAUGUCUGAGUGUGUCCCAAUGCAAGCUAUAGCACGGCACAUCCGUUGGAAACAUUGUGAAUUUAAUUUGCGUUGUGAGAAAAAAUAUUACCAGUAGACUGGUGGCCAAACUAACAGUGUGGGAGACUGGGAUUGUACUGUGUGUUGGUUGGUCCAUUCACUUUAUCAGAGCUUUCGAUCUAUCUAGCAAUGGCUGACAAUAUUGCUUUGGUUUUGUUUCUGACGUUUUAUUUUCUCUUCAAACCACUCAAAUCACGUUCAUUUGGGAUCACAGAGCAGAACAAUGGAAAAAAACAACUAGUAAAACUCAAACCAUACAUCAUGCACUUCAAUGGCCCCUCCAAUUGGUUCAGCAAAUGAAAACUCUUAAAACACUCUUAUGUUCUAUCAGAUGUUCACUUCUGGUUGGAGACUUUUCUAUAGUUCCCGCUGUAGAAAAGCCUGGAUACAGUAAACAGGAAAUUGAUACAGCAGUCAUGGUCAUUUAGCCCGUAACAGGCCUACAUGCUAAAAAGAUAGCAGCACACAGUUUAAAUAUAUCCAAAUUAGCCCAACUUUAGUCCCUUUGCGUACACACUGACAGAUCUCAAACCCCACUUCAAAUGAAAAGUCCUAUUCUAUUUCUGUCCUGUGGCAUUCCCACCAGAAGUAGCUAGCUAACCCUCUUCCCCUUUCCCUCGCCUGUUAAAACACUGCUUGCUGCCAUGGAGAUGCUCCUAUGUAGUUUCCUGGGCGCUAGUAUCCCACAGCUCUGAUUAGCAUUAGCGCUGCAGGCUGCUCUGUGGAGGCUCCUCUAGUCUCUCCAGUCGCACUCCACUAAUGAGAAAGGCAUUUGGUCACAGGGAAACAGAGGUCUAGGGGGAAAAAAACAUAAGGGACCACGAGCCAAAAUGGUUUCAUUUCAACGGUCCACAGUACUGUUACGAACCAAGUGGGCAAUCUGCCACAGAGAAAACAAGAGUACAUUAGCAGCAGUUUAUCGUAAAGCCAGAAAGUUAUUGAAGUUGAAGAGAUAUUUUUUUGACAAAGAGAAAAAUUGUUUACCCCCGGGAUUAAUCAAAUGAUAAUGAAAUUAGCCCUGCUUUUUAUCUCGUGGAUUAGCGAUUUGAAAUGAGAUUUUGAUGAAUCUCUCUCUCUCUCUCUCUCUCUCUCUCUCUCUCCCUCUUCUCCCUCCCUCCCUCCCUCCCUCCCUCCCUCCCUCCCUCUCUCUCUCUCUCUACAACCCCACAGUAGUGAUCCAUGCACAUUCAACUGCAGGAACGCUGGAUACACACCUAUACGCUUCCACCCAAAGAUUUUAGUGAAUUGCUGUGAAUGAAAAUAGAGAGAGAUAGAGAAUUAAAUUGUUUUACUGUCCACUACAAUUCCACCAUUAUUGUCCCCCCUCCCCAACCCUGACCCAACUUCUUCCUGCAUUGCAAUCUUGUUUGAUGUUCAGUGUGGCUGAACUCAUUGUCCGUUCAUGGUUGUAAAAUAUGGUUGUGUAGUCUCUUUAGGGUGCCCAAUUCAAGGCCGACUUAACUAGCACCCUACCAAUUCUAAUGUAGACUUAGUUUCCCAUAGCUUAGUACAGUGGAGUGUAAUAUUUCAAACGGUCAUGUCUGAGGUAGAACACCAAGUCAAUGUUAGGUUAAGCGUUUGGAAAACCAUCCCGAGAGCAAUGGUGUCAUACACCUACCUACCUUAAGCGUUCUCCAAACUUGAAGCCUCACACGUUCGGUCCCCAUGAGGUAGGGUGGUCGCUUUGGUGAGGCUUCUGGCAGCUUUGUAGAUACAUCUAGUAAUAGUUCUCCCACUCAGUGGCUUCACAAAGGGCAACAACAAACUUAAGGGGGGUUUUGUUCACUACUAGGCAACAGUGCUUCAGCAUUUAAACACAUACAAUACAUCUCACACAAUCUUUUAAUGUUCCUGUUCUUCUAGAUUCCCAACCAUUUCACUACAGUGACUUACUGUGCACACUCCAUAGUGUACCUAUUUACUUACUGCUAGUUUAGUCUGUUGGAACACUCAAAUGUCAAAUAUCAACUUAACAUAUUGUGACACUUCCUGAUACACUUAACCACAAGAACCAAUUGGGAGGAGACCAAUUAGAUGGUUUCUUUUUAGAUAUUAGCCAAUCAAACUGAUGGGUAACUACUAUAUUAUGGACCCUCCACUGUCAUCAAAUGGGCAAUAUCAACUGGGCAUGUUCAUUACUGUCUACUUUUUAAAGGAAGGAGACGUCCUACUUUCAACAGGUGACUACUAUCUUCCUGAACUCAUGGUUCUUGUGGGUGCACCUGCAUCAGGGAGUGAGUCUGUAUCUGCUGUGUUUGUCCAUAUUUAAUGUGUCAGUAUAUAAGGGAUUGACAAAUCUCCCACCCCCUGUGUCUUUCUGUAUCCCUCCACCUCAUCCCCACUUUCCCUUCAACCCCAAUCCUACUCCAACUCUGGGGCCCAGGCAUCAUACUCUGAACAGUACAUAGAUAGAGGAAUAGACCCUGUGGGACUUAGUCCCCCUGAGAUGUUUUGUCCCCUCAGACUUGCUAGUAUCUAGUGCAGAGUACUCUAGAGUUCUAUUGUAUUCCCAAUUCUAGAAUCUAGAGUUCUAUUGUAUUCCCAAUUCUAGAAUCUAGAGUUCUCUUCACCCUCUGUCAAGUGGAGAGUUGUGGUUAGAGAGACAGCACCAGGAUGUGCAACUCAGUCAAAGGGCCAGCAAUAGAAAUACAAUUACUAGAACGGACAUCCCUAUUCAAGUCAAGUCAUUCUAUUUCUAUGGGACCACCCACCCAGCCAACAACACACCUCAGUCUGAGAGCAGAGAUAAACCCCAAGGCUUUUCUCAGACCGGCAACAGUACAUCUGAGCCUCCACGUGGUAGUCUAGUCCCAGUCCAGCCUCUACACCUGGUCAGUCUGACAGUGGAACACCUUUCCUAUUGUCACCUCUCUGUCAUUCAUUCCUUCUGCAGGGGCCCCAUAAUGCCAACAACACCAUCACCUCUCCUUUCUACCAGACUCCUCCACCACUCCCUCCAUCCCUCCUCCAUCCCUCCAUAAUGCCAACAACACCAUCACCUCUCCUUUCUACCAAACUCCUCCACCACUCCCUCCAUCCCUCCUCCAUCCCUCCAUAAUGCCAACAACACCAUCACCUCUCCUUUCUACCAAACUCCUCCACCACUCCCUCCAUCCCUCCAUAAUGCCAACAACACCAUCACCUCUCCUUUCUACCAGACUCCUCCACCACUCCCUCCAUCCCUCCUCCAUCCCUCCAUAAUGCCAACAACACCAUCACCUCUCCUUUCUACCAGACUCCUCCACCACUCUCUCCAUCCCUCCUCCAUCCCUCCAUAAUGCCAACAACACAAUCACUUCUCCUUUCUACCAGACUCCUCCACCACUCCCUCCAUCCCUCCUCCAUCCCUCCAUAAUGCCAACAACACCAUCACCUCUCCUUUCUACCAGACUCAUCCACCACUCCCUCCAUACCUCCUCCAUCCCUCCAUAAUGCCAACAACACCAUCACCUCUCCUUUCUACCAGACUCCUCCACCACUCCCUCCAUCCCUCCAUAAUGCCAACAACACCAUCACCUCUCCUUUCUACCAGACUCCUCCACCACUCCCUCCAUCCCUCCAUAAUGCCAACAACACCAUCACCUCUCCUUUCUGCCAGACUCAUCAGCCUCCACUCCUCACCCCUCCCUCUCUCCCUCCUUUACCCCUCCCUCUUUCUCUCUGUGUCUCUCCCUCCAUCCCUCCCUCCAUUCCUCCACCUCUCCCACCACCCCUCUCUCACUCCCCCCUCCACUUUCCUUCCGCUUGCUCCUGUCAUGGUCAAUUACUUUUUGGUUUUCUCUUGGGUUCUUUAUUUCCUGGUUUACAUAUUUUUUCUGUACAAAGUGUUUAAAAUAUUAUUAUUUGUAUUAUAUGAUGUUAGUAUGGUAAUGUUCUUUAUUAAGGAAGAAGAAAAAUUUAUUUUUGUUACUGGUCUGUUUCAUAAUUCUUUUUUAAAUUGGUAUUGUAAGAUAUCUAUGCAAGAGCUGUUCAGUGGAGCAUUUUUAUUUAAGAAUGUCCUAUGUGUAAUAAAUGGUAGAAUCUG